GCAAAACAACACCCAAGAGAGUUGAGCGGGACUGCAAGCAGAACCAUGAGAACUUACUCAACCUUCUCACUUUCUUUACCACUUUUUGCCGCUUGCUUUGUUUUUGUUUCUUUCUCUGCGGUGAGAGGUGAUUCCUGUAAGGUGAAUGUGUGUCAGAAUGGCGGGACGUGUGUGACUGCAGCAGGGAAAGAUUCCUUUAUCUGUAUCUGCUCAGACGGCUUUACGGGAGAAACCUGCAAUGAGACAGAGCCUGGGCCUUGUCAUCCUAACCCAUGCAAAAAUGAUGGUAUCUGUGAGCCGCAGAGAGGAGAUGUCUUCGGGGGGUAUUUGUGCAAGUGUCCGAAAGGCUUUGAUGGCACCCAGUGUGAAAACAAUGUGAAUGACUGUGCUGCUCAGCCAUGCCAAAAUGGGGGUUCAUGUCUAGAUCUUGAUGGAGAUUUCUACUGUAAAUGCCCAUCCCCUUAUGUUGGGAAACACUGCCACCUGCGCUGUAUCUCUCUGUUGGGGUUGGAGGGUGGUGGCAUUGCGGAGUCUCAGAUCACCGCCUCCUCUGUGUAUUAUGGCAUUUUGGGAUUACAGCGCUGGGGGCCUGAGCUGGCCCGUCUCAACAACAAAGGCCUGGUGAAUGCAUGGACCUCGGCGACACAUGACAGGAACCCUUUGAUUGAGCUCAACAUGCAGAGGUUGAUGCGUUUCACUGGUAUCAUCACUCAGGGUGCCAGUCGUGUUGGCACUGCGGAGUUCAUCAAACAGUUUAAGGUGGCUUACAGUUCAGAUGGACACACGUACAGUAUGUACAGAGGCAAUGGUCAGAAGAAGGACGUGAUUUUUGUGGGGAAUGUGGACAAUGACAGCACAAAAACCAAUCUAUUCGAACCACCCAUAAUCGCUCAGUACAUCCGCAUUUUGCCCAUCGUGUGCCGCAAAGCCUGCACGCUGAGAAUGGAGCUAGUGGGCUGCGAACUCAGCGGUUGCUCAGAGCCACUGGGUUUCAAGUCACGGCUGAUUGGAGACGCUCAGCUCUCGAGCUCCAGCUCAUUCCGCACGUGGGGCAUUGAGGCCUUCACCUGGCAUCCACACUAUGCCCGCCUGGACAAGCAGGGCAAGACCAACGCCUGGACUGCAGCCACCAACAGCAGAUCGGAGUGGCUACAGGUGGACUUGCUCUCCCCUAAGCGGAUCACAGGAAUCAUCACUCAGGGAGCUAAAGACUUUGGAAACGUGCAGUUUGUUUCAGCCUACAAAGUGGCUUACAGUGACAACGGCCGUAACUGGACUGUGGUAAAGGAUGACAAAAAAAACACUGACAAGAUCUUCCCUGGCAACAGCGAUAACAAUGUGCACAAAAAGAACGUGUUUGACCCGCCUUUCUACGCCCGAUUUGUCCGUGUGCUCCCGUGGGAGUGGCAUGAGAGCAUCACGCUGCGAAUGGAGUUGCUGGGCUGUGAGGAUUAAAUCACCCCCUCCCUGCUCUCUCCUUUCAAUCCCUCCAUCCCUCCUUCCUGAGCCACUUAAUGCACUGCCUCACUACCAGCACCAGAGGGCGCUAAGACCACAAGAAGAAAUCUAACCCUAAUGACAACAACAGGGACUUGAGCUUACCAGCACUUCAGGGAUGUCCUGCUUAUAAAGACAAACCAUGCCAUGUAAGUUCUGUUCAACUCACUAAGCAGUAAAUUGUUGUUUUUUUGUUGUUUUUUUUUUGGCAUGACCAAUACAACUGAUGGUGUAAACUGAAAUCCCAAAAAGAUCCAUUAAUACAUUUUGUGGUAUAAAAUUUUGCAGAAACUAAAUGUUCAUGUUCCUUUAUCUAGGCUGAUGUAUAGACAGUGGCCCAUGUUGAAGAAGAUUGAAGAUAUAUUUGAUUAAAUGCGUUAUUGUACAGAAUAAAUGGGUCACAUAUUAAAUAGUCUCAGCAGUGUGUGUCAGUUAUUUAGUUAUAAAUUGCCAGUUGUAGUUCUUUAAUUUUGUAAGUGUUCAAGUUUGUGAGUAGCCCAUAGCAAGAUUUUUUUUUUUUUUUUAAAUGACUGUAAAAUGUGUUGUGUUUAAUGACUCACGUGUGUGGGUUGUUUUUUGUUGUUGUUGUGGGUUUUUUUUUUUUUUUUUUUUAAAAGGAAGCUUUAUUCCUUGAAAUUUUCUAACAAAAACAUUUUUUUCAAAGUAUUAUUACAUUAAUAUUGUAAAAUAUCAUUUGAAAAAAGUAAGGUGUAAUCAAUUGAUCAGUAUUAUUGUACCUUAAUGCUUUGGCCCAACACUGCCAUGGAUCUUUCUCAGGUAGAGUUGAAUCAAUUGCAAUGUGCUACUGAUUUAAAACUAAAUAAAUAGCUUAUUUCAGAGUGAUUUUAUCACCUCUGAAUAUUAUAAUCGCAUAAUACCAAAGUGAUUGAAUUUUUCAUGUUAAUUCCAUGAAAUGGAAUGCGUGUCCUCUUGCUGCUUUGAAUGUUCUUAUACAUUCAGUCUGAUAAAUUACAUGUAUCUAAUAUAUUCAGUCAUGCAUCAGUAAUAUUUGAAUUUGUAGUGGCUCAGCAGCAAAACUGAAGCUUCUUAUUAAAAUCAGACCCCAGUAAAGGGGUGGAAAUCUAAUUUUGCAAUGACUUCUACAGUUUGCACUGAAGUGCUGCCCUCCCCAAUCUACAUAAUAUUCUCAUGGUGUUGUGAUGUGACCCUCCCCAACAACCCCUAUGAAUUAUAAAUUAUGGGUUUGUGCAAUAUGAUGCAAGCAUUAAUAUUAAUGGGAAAUGCCAAGAAAAUUAUUAUUAUUAUUUUAGAUGAGGAUUUGGACAUACUAGUAGGUGAUGAAAAAUAAUGAACAAUAUUAGGACAAUUAAAAUGGUUGUGUAUUUAGGAAGUUGGAAGUAUUUUUUAAAAAAAUCCAGAGUAUUUCAUCAAUGUUAGUGUAAGCUUUUAUCAGUGGUUUUCUACUUCACAAUGAAAACUUUAACCCAAUUCAGUAUGUUCUUUUUUUUCUGUCUUAUUUUUUGUAACCUAUUGAGUAACAUGCUAAGAUUUGAUUAAAUUCUUCAGUGUAUCUUAACGUAUUUCAUGUUCUUAAUAACUAAAAAAAAAAAGGAAUAAAAAGCUAAAAUAGAUAAUGCUA